CAACAGCUGGACGAGGAAACGCCUUUACUCCAAUCGGAGGGAAAUAGUACACCGGCGAAGAAACCACAGACACCUCUACCAUGGCGCCAGUUUUCAAUGCUCCUGGUGUUGCAAAUUGCAGAGCCAAUGACAUCCCAAGUUAUCUCACCUUUUGCGCCGCAGCUUAUUCGUGACAUUGGAAUCACCCACGGAGAUGAAGCGCUCGUUUCGUUUUAUGUUGGGUUGUUGCACUCGCUAUUCUUUGCGACAGAAGCGCUCACCAUUUUCCACUGGAGUCGUCUCUCUGACUAUAUCGGUCGCAAACCUGUCCUGCUAAUUGGACUGUUUGGACUCUCCCUCUCGAUGUUUUGCUUCGGUUUGUCCAAGACAUUCUGGAGCUUGGUGAUAAGUCGUUGCCUGAACGGCGCACUCAAUGGAAACAUUGGUGUUAUGAAGAGCAUGACGGCUGAAAUGACAGAUUCGACUAAUAUGGCCCGCGCAUGGGCAUUCCUCCCUCUUGCCUGGUCCAGCGGUAGCACACUUGGGCCACUCAUUGGCGGAGAACUUGCGCGGCCUGCGGAUAGGUUCCCUAAUAUCUUCGGGGAUUCUGCAUUUCUGAAGAAAUAUCCAUAUUUCUUGCCAUGCGCAGUCCCUGCCACAGUAUCAGCGUUGACAUGGAUUGUCGCUUUUCUUUACUUGAAGGAGUCGCAGACCACAACUCCUCGAAUAAACAUUAACCAACUCCUACCUUGGAAAAAGCGCAAGAUUUUCCCUUCACCGACUCUAGAACCCCUGCCAGUAUCAUCUCCGAUCAGCGACAAGCCUGUCCCCAUUCGAGCUCUUUUCGUUCGUCGCGUACUCAUUGCAACCGGGAGUUACGCCGGGAUUGCCCUUGUUGAUAUCGCAUUUCGCACUGUACAACCCGUGUUCUAUGCCACUCCCAUAUCGCUGGGUGGUCUAGGGCUCGAUACUCCAACCAUUGGAACUGUCUUGGCGCUCCAGGGAAUAUUAAAUGGCGCAAUGCAGCCAUUGGCCUUUGCCAGGCUUUAUAAUAUCAUGGGUGCGAAAAAACUUUGGCUGUUCGCUGUAACAUGCGCCCUGCCUAUGGUUGCUCUCCUCCCGACCUUGAAUGCGCUGGCGAGAUCUAGUGGUAUUGUUCAGAGUACAUGGUAUUUGGUGGUCCUACAGAUUGUUUUGAUGGGCUGCACGAAUUUUGCAUACGGCAUAUCUUUUAUGUAUAUCGCUGCGGCUUCCCCUAACCGAGCGUCCGUGGGUGCGACAAACGGGUUCGCACAAGUGAUCGUUUCUAUCAUGCGCGCUGUUGGACCGGCUGCAGCCAACUCCGCAUUCUCAAUUAGCAUUGAGAGACAGUAUCUUGGAGGGAAUCUGGUGUAUUUUGUAAUGGUAGGUAUGGUGUGCAUGGCGAUGGGCGUCGGUAUCUUGUUACCUCGCACUAUGUGGACUAACUAGCUUAGAGCGAAGCGAGUCUUAU